GGCGGCCGCCAUUUCGGGCGCUGCCGGGAGGCUGAGGAGGCCGAGGAGGAGGAGGAGGAGGCGGGGGAGGCCGAGGCGCCCGGCGGCCAUGGCGGGCAACUUCGACUCGGAGGAGCGGAGCAGCUGGUACUGGGGGCGGCUGAGCCGGCAGGAGGCGGUGGCCCUGCUGCAGGGGCAGCGGCACGGGGUCUUCCUGGUGCGGGACUCGAGCACCAGCCCCGGGGACUAUGUGCUCAGCGUCUCGGAGAACUCGCGCGUCUCGCACUACAUCAUCAACAGCAGCGGCCCGCGCCCGCCCGCCCCCUCGCCCGCACAGACGCCCGGAGUGAGCCCCUCCAGACUCCGAAUAGGCGACCAAGAGUUCGAUUCGUUGCCUGCUUUACUGGAAUUCUACAAAAUACACUAUUUGGACACUACAACCUUGAUAGAACCGGUUUCGAAAUCGAAGCAAUACAGUGGCGUCAUUCUCAGGCCGGAGGAAGCGGAGUAUGUGCGGGCCCUCUUUGACUUUAAUGGGAACGAUGAGGAAGACCUCCCGUUUAAGAAAGGAGACAUCCUGAGAAUCCGGGAUAAGCCUGAAGAGCAGUGGUGGAACGCGGAGGACAGCGAAGGCAAGAGGGGGAUGAUUCCCGUCCCUUACGUCGAGAAGUAUAGACCCGCCUCUGCUUCGGUAUCGACUCUGAUUGGAGGUAACCAGGAUAGUUCCCACCCACAGCCACUGGGUGGGCCGGAGCCCGGGCCCUAUGCCCAGCCCAGCGUCAACACUCCGCUACCUAACCUCCAGAAUGGGCCCAUUUAUGCCAGGGUUAUCCAGAAGCGAGUCCCUAAUGCCUACGACAAGACAGCCUUGGCUUUGGAGGUCGGUGAGCUGGUAAAGGUCACGAAGAUAAACGUGAGUGGCCAGUGGGAAGGGGAGUGUAAUGGCAAACGUGGCCACUUCCCGUUCACGCACGUCCGCCUGCUCGAUCAACAGAAUCCCGAGGAGGACUUCAGCUGAGUGUAGCUCCAGAGUUUUGCUGACAGAUGGGAACAAUCUCAGUCUUUUUUCCUUUUUUUUUUUUUUAAUUCCCCACUCCCCCCCCAUCCCUCC